GCUCACUACCCUUCCAGGCUACAAGCGCUCCGUCGCUAAGGUAGUACAGUCUUGAACUUCUGUAGCAACCAAUGGUCGCGACAGUCAACUUUCUACCCCGGAGCCAAGUUAGCGUACAGAAGCGACAAACCUCCGAGUUAGGGUUCAGUCCUGGAGUUGUAGAUCGUCUUGUUUUGUCUUUACAAGACUCAAGAUAGUUCAGUUGGUAUUGGGCAGCACGUCUUGUUGGCCCCUUGCCUUGGGGUGACUAUUGGUGUGGACAGUUGGUUCACCUCACAUCAAACAUGGGGGAUGUAAUUUCGACUCACCUUGACGAGAAUAAACGAGAGAUGAUUACUGCUCGUACCAGGGAGGUGACGGAGGACUUCGGCCGGCUGUACGAGCAGCAGUACGCUGUGGCGCUCUUCAACAGCGUCCGCUACGAGAUCGAGGGAGGGGGAGGGGGCCAGCCCCAGCUGCUGCACCGCAAGGACCCUCUGGAGGGCAAGUCCAUCUUCUCCGGGGGCCUCUUCCAGUAUCUGGAGGAGAACAAGAAAUGGAGGAACCGUUUUGUCUACGUGGACGACACCUACCAAAUCAGCUUCUACGAGAACAAGCAGGCUCACGACCGAAGCCUGCGCCCCAAGGGCACCCUCAGCUGUGCCGGCUACAAGGCCCUGACGUCCAUGGAGGAAUACACCCAGCUGCUCAACACCAGCCUGCCAGGUGUGAACGGCAAAGUGGGCAGCGGUGCGGUGGUGAGGUGUGCCACCCAGUUCCCCCUGAUCCUCUGGCACCCGUACGGCCGGCACCACUACUUCUGCGUCCUCACAGAGAAGGAGCAGAAGAAGUGGCACGCUGUCCUCCAGGAUUGUGUCCGGCACAGCAACAACGGCCUGUUGGAGGACUGCAAGGUGCGGACACCGGCGUUCACCGACACGGUGAGGCUCCACCGGCAGCGCCACGGUCACUACGGAACCUGGGACCUGAUGUGUGGAGCGCCCCCGCAGAUCCUGGCUAACCUGGUGAUGGAGACCCUCCACCCUGAGCUGAGGAAUCUGAUUGGUCCUCGUCUGAAGGGGAAGCUGCAACAGAAACAGAGAAGCUGGAUGCUGAUCUCAGACGCGGUGUACAGGCAGGUGCUGUCCCAGACCCAGGCCCGGUACGAGGCUCUGCUCCAGGCCUGCGAGGAGCAGCGCUCCUCCCUGGACGCUGCACUGCGUACGGACAUGGACCAGAUCAUCACCUCCAGGGAACACGUCAGCAGCAAGCUCCGGGCCGUGGUGUUGCCCAGGGCAGAGCAGCUCCUGCGGGGCAGCGUCCAGCCCUACCUGGGCUCCAUCCUGGAGGCCCUGAUGGAGCCCACCAGCAGAGGGUUCUCUGAGGUGAGGGAGGUGCUGUUCCGAGAGCUGGUGGAGGUCAGCAAGAACACACUCAACGGAGGAGGCAAGGAGAAGAUGGCGGAGCACAUGGAGAAGAUCGCCAUGCUGGCGUUCCACCCGGUGAAGAUGCAGAGCUGCUAUGAGCAGGUGGAGCAGCUGAACCUGGAGGGGCUGCAGCAGAGGUUCGACGUGUCCAGCGCCUCCGUCUUCACCCAGAGGGCUCAGGUCCUCAUGAGGGAGCAAAUGGACAAUUCCGUGUACACGUUUGAGCAGCUGUUGUGGCAGAGUCUGGAGGCCCCGGGAGGAGAGGACCUCUGCCACACCACCCAGCGCUGCCAGGACAGAGUGCUCAAGAAAUAUGACUACGACAGCAGUACCGUGCGUAAGAAGUUCUUCAGAGAGGCUCUGCUGCAGAUCAUCAUCCCGUACAUGCUGAAGCAGCUCUCCCCCUCCUGCUCUCCGGAGUUCCCUCGGUUCCAGGAGAUGAUCUUCGAGGACUUCUCCAGGUUCAUUCUGGUGGAGAACGUAUUCGAGGAGGUGGUGUUGCAGUCCGUCACCAAGGACAUCAUGAUGGCUGUGAAGGAGGCCGCGGUCCAGAGGAGACACAACCUGUACAGGGACAGCAUGGUCCUGACCAACAGUGACCCCAACCUGCACCUGCUGGGGGAGCAGCCCGGGGUGGACUGGGCCGCCCAGCUGGGGGUCGAAGGUCACGACCUGGAGGGCUCCCUGGGCGGGGGGAGGACCUCUGGCAGGAAGCGCAGACAGGUGGUGUCCAUGAUCCAGCUGGAGGGGAUGCCCCUUCUGCCCUACGAGUCCUGUCUGGAGGUACCGGGGGUGGAGCUCAUCCCCGAGGAAGGAGAGGGCGAGGAGGUCAAGGGUCACGGAGGAGGUUGGGCAGAGCCGGAUGAGCCCAAGUCUCCCGACAGCGUGGACGGCAUUCGCGACCUCAUCAACCCCGUGGUGACGGUGGCAUUGCCGGUGUCGCCGGAGGAGGCGGCGUGCCAUAGCAACGGGAUGGAGGUGGGGGCGGGGACUAUCUCCCUGGGAGACGGUGUGGAGGAGGAGGUGACGCUCAUCAGGACAGUGGUGGAGGAGGUGCGCGCUCGCUCGCCCGCGGGAAAGAGUGGGCAGGAAGUAGAGGAGCAGCUGGCAGGAAGCUGUCCGCAGGAAGUCGAAGAGGGUCAACAGGAAGUAAAAGAGGGUCAUCAGGAAGUCGAAGAGGGUCAACAGGAAGUCAAAGAGGGUCAACAGGAAGUGGAGAGCGAGGAGGGGGAAUCGUUCACAGAGAACGCUGCACAGGAAGUGGAGAUUGCGGAACAGGAAGAGGAUAGUGACCAGGUUACUGUGUGCGGCUUGGACUCUGACGCGGAGAUGGCCCCGCGACUGGCCGAGUCAAGUCCCCGGUGUCAUGACGACAGCGGAUUUCAGUCGCCGACCAAUGAGGGGCUGGAUGAGAACGAGGCUCAGCCAAUCGUGGCUGACCCUGAGGAGGUAGCAGUGACUCUGGACCAGGAAGUGUCUGUCGUCCUCAACCAAUCAGAGAGCAGAGACCUGCCCCCAGUACAAAGUGUGUAUCAGAAAUAGCGUAUGAGAUAUGAACGGAGGGAAACAUUCCUUUUAUGUGAUAAAUUAUUUUUUAUUUGCCAUUUCAUUGUUUAUAUUGUGCUCGAUUUCUUAGCCACAAUCUAAAUAGAUAAGCAGCAGGGGGAAAAACAUCUAAAGUAUCUAAAUGUAUUCUUCUUCUAACAGUUACUGUGCUCUCUCUGGAUUUUAAACUUAACCCUUGUGCUGCCUUCGGGUCACAUGACCCAAAGGUUCAUAACGAACCAUCGUUGUGUUUACCCAAUUUUACCCAAUACAAAAACAAAUAAAAAUAAUUUUCUUUUAACCAUCGCAAUGUGGGGGGUCUGAGACAGCCCAACGGUUAAAAGAAAAUGAUUCACUUUGUUUUGGUAUGCGGUAAAGUUGUCGCAAUACGACGGUGGGUCACAAUGACUGAUGGGUCAGAAUGACCCGAAGAUAACACAAGGGUUAAUACCUUUACUGGAUUUUAAAUGCUAGGUAACAUUUGUUUUUUUAAACCUUUGUGCAUGGCACUGAAACUAAGAAAUUAGUACUUCCAACCUCAGAAUUGGGAAGGCGUAUAAAUGCUCUUUACACUACACAGCGACUCUCCUAAAGAGUGUACUUAGCACCAUAGUACACUGGGAACGCAACACUACAAACUGAUGGAUGUAGCACCCUCUAUUUAGGAACCAGGGGGCGCUGUUCACAAGCUGUAGAUUCAACAGUUUCUGUCAUAGGUACAGAGCCUCAAUUAUUGUACAUUGGAUGCACAUUUGUAGUACUUGUAAGGCUUGCUUAUUAUAGUUAUAACUUAUACAUACACACACACACACACAUAUUACACAGACGAUUUUGAUUCGUGUUCAUGUUUGUCAGUACCAAUCACAAUCUUUACAUCUGUAUUUUGAAGACAUGUUUGUUAAAAGAAAAUUAUGUUGAUUUAUCUCUUUCAAGGCAUGUCUAAUUUUACGAGUGCCCGUGUUGUUUUCACAGCGAUCAGGAUUGCAUGACUUGUUCAUUACGCAUUGAUGUGUGUGUGUUGUUGUGGUCGGUGCUAUCUUUAUCCAGCUCUCUAAUGUGUUUUGCUCACCUGUCUGGAAGGUUGGACCUUGUCUGCUGACUGUCGCAGUGCUGGAGUUGGACCUAACAGACUAGCCAGGCUAGCCCUAACCCUAAAACGCUAGCCCUUAGAUGCUAGCCCUAAAACGCUAGCCCUUAGAUGCUAGCCCUAAAACGCUAGCCCUUAGAUGCUAGCCCUAAAACGCUAGCCCUUAGAUGCUAGCCCUAAAACGCUAGCCCUUAGAUGCUAGCCCUAAGAUGCUAGCCCUUAGAUGCUAGCCCUAAGAUGCUAGCCCUAAGAUGCUAGCCCUUAGAUGCUAGCCCUAAGAUGCUAGCCCUAAGAUGCUAGCCCUAACCCUAAAAAACGAAAUAAUUUGGCCGUCCUGGUUGUUGGAGCAAAGCUUCCUGUGACCCGUCUCACUGUAUUCACCAGUGAGACGGGUCACAAAUUGAACCAUAUCUAAAUUCAAAUUUCUCAGUUGUUAAACACAAUCAGGUUCCUUUUUAUUAUACUUAAUUUUGUUUGUGGCCAUUGUUUAUAUUCAUAAUCUGACGGUUGGCGUUUGAUAGAACCGUUUCUUUCUCUUGUUAUUUAUUAUAAGCAUCGUGUUGUCCACUACACAAUGCUUGUACAUUCCUGUCUUUAAUAGCUUUUAAAUGAUUGUAUUUUACUUAUCUUAUGAUGAACAAGAUAUGUUCAAUUUUUAUCUUGUAUCUUGUUCUGUCAUUCAUCUUUAUUUACAAUCAUCUUUGUAUCCAUUUCUCUAAAGUAAAAACGACAC